UGGAUAACCUUGGCCCUCAGCAGUUCAUCCACCGAAAGUUCUCCUGAGAUACCCACCCUUGUCAUCGUCGAGUGUAUGCCUUGCGCCUAAGGCUCGGUGUGUUUUGCUUCGUUACGCCAAGUAUCUGGAGUUGUGGCGACUUGGUGAUACGCAAGGCUGGAAACCCGACCACUCUCAGCACAGCCUGCCACUCUCCCAGGACGUGGUGAAGUUGGUACAAUUACACAGCAAGGACAGCCAACACAUCCGAUGCGCUGCUGUCUCUGGUGAUGCUCACUGGAUAGCUUAUUCCACAGACUCUUUGUUCAGGACUAUACUCUCUGGAUCUGGAUACUGAUGAGAAAGAACCAAGACUGACGAGAGUGAGCGGUCUGGAGUGCCGAGUGCAAUGCUGUUCACUGCGCUCAGUUUGGGCCAGAUAGCAACCUGCUGGUGUGUGCCAACCAUUCUCUCCACUCUCAUGGUGUUUUGAGCUCAGUGUGGACACAGGACCCAAUCUGGUACAUACAUUCUCACCCCACUCAGAUAAUUUAAUGACUGAUAUCAUCCACUUAAUAAACCAUCUCGCCUGACAACAAAUACAUUGUUGCAGCUGAUAGGAAGAGCAACAUUGUUGUCUGGUCCAGUGGCAAGCACUACUGUUCUCUACCCAAGUACCAAUGCGCACCCACCGCCCAUGGCGAUACAACCACACACCAACCAUCUGGUGGUGGUCCUAUUGUGAUCAUAAGAUUGUGGAAUUUGCCCUGGACAAGAGAAAGUACACAAAGUUCUCCCGGAAGCUGAGUGGGAGCCACCCUAAACAAUGGUUGGCUCGCAGUUUUCCCGUUUCAAAUAUUGUGUUCGAUCCAUCAAACAGUAACGUCAUCCUCAUGCAUGACGACUCUAAUAUCUGUGUCAUUGAUAAGUUUAAGAACUUGCCAUCUCCGGAAGCCAAGAUUCCCCGGCUGGUGUCAUCCCACUCCCACCCCGUCCCAGACUCUGGAGACAAUAGUAACCAGUAUCCUCCAAGUGACACACCUCAACAUGCCUUCCACGUUGUCAAGAAAUAUAAGCACCUGGUCUACAUGGGCAGUCUGGGAGAGGGUGAGUUGGUGGCUGUCGAGGUCAACCCUCUGGUGCUAAUGGAGAAGUUGCCCCCACCACUCAAACAGAAACACUUUGGAGCAAUGUAAUAUUGUUUUGAUACAGUUCAGCCAAGAUGGAUAUUUGUUUUGGUGAAGGGGGCAGGUCCUGUUCACGCCUUGGAGGGUCAAUAGUUGAUGUUGGAGACACAUACAGUGGCCCAACCACCUCUAAGGAACACCGGUUGUCUGACGAUCUCCAUCCAACCAUGCCUGCAACAGUUACAUUCUCC